AUGUGUGGCAUAUGGGCGUUGAUCGGUAAACAGUUCACCGGAAAUCAUGAACGUGAGUUCAUGAAAAUUGUUGGACGAGGACCGGAUCUGAGCGUAUUGGCUAAUGUUCACCCAAACGUUUGGCUUGGGUUCCAUCGUCUAGCAAUUGUUGAGCCAGGUAAUGUGGAAAGUGAACAACCGAUAAUAUAUAACAAACUGUCAGUGAUAUGUAAUGGUGAGGUGUACAAUCAUCGUGAGCUGAAAUCAAAAAGUGGAUUGAGCGGAAUACGCAAUGGAUUAUCGGAUUGUGCCGCAAUUAUCCAUGCGUUCGCGAUUUUCAAUGGAGAUUUACAGAAGAUCUGCGCGUCAAUUGAUGGUGUUUUUGCAUUUGUUAUGGUAGAUGACAGCUGUGUUUACGUUGGUCGUGAUCCGAUCGGUGUGCGACCACUUUUCUACGGUUUAUCGAGUUCAGGAGAGUUAUUAUUUGGUUCUGAAUUGAAAUCAAUCGAGAAAUUAUGUGAGCGUGUAAUGAUAUUUCCGCCAGGAUGCUGUGCUCGAAUACUCAUUGAUUCAGAUAUGAGCAAUCUCAAUAUCCAACAAUAUUACCUAUUGCCAUCAAUGGCUGAUCGAAUUAUACCAAUGAAUAUUUCACAGAGUUUAAUCCGUCAAACAUUGAUACAUUCAACUCAAAAACGAUUAAUGGGUAAUCGUCAAUUUGGUUUUAUGUUGAGCGGUGGUUUAGACAGUUCGUUGAUUGCAGCGAUCGCAUCCAAACUUCUGUGCAAUCAACGACAACGACCGAUCGCGUUCAGUGUCGGCUUUGAGGAUUCUCCUGAUAUUGAAAACGCUCGCUCGGUUGCUAAAUUCCUCGAUAUUGAACAUCGCGUUCUCGUUAUUACACCACGAGAGUGUCUGGAAAUUAUUCCAGAAGUGAUCUAUGCAUUGGAAACGUUUGAACCGUUGAUAAUACGCUGUGGCGUAGCACAUUACUUAUUAUGUAGGCAUAUUGCGGCCACUUCAGAUGUCAAAGUUCUGCUUUCAGGUGAGGGAGCAGAUGAGUUGUUUGGUUCGUAUGCAUACAUGCAACGUGCACCAUCAGCAGCAUAUCUUCAUCAUGAAAUUUUGAGACGUAUGAGAUUGUUACAUCAUUACGAUGUGCUACGUUGCGAUCGUGCCACAUCCUGUCAUGGUCUCGAAAUACGGGUACCAUUUCUGGAUAAGAAAUUCAUCGAUUUAGUCGUACGAUUACCGGCUAGCUACAAGCUGAUGUCGGGAAAAUUGGAGAAAUUUAUUCUAAGAAACGCUUUCCAAGAUUGGCUUCCGGAUGAGGUUUUGUGGCGAAGUAAAGAGGGCUUUUCAGAAGCACUUGGUAAGAUGGAUCUCGGUGAAAUAGUGAAUGAUCAUGUGAAUGAAUUGAUAUCAGAUGAACAAUUCUCCAAUCGUGAACUCUACUAUCCACAACGAAUUCCUGAAACAAAGGAAGAAUUUUGGUAUCGAAUGUUGUUCGAAGAGAUGUUCGAUAUGAACAAGACUGAAUCCACUCUCCAUACAAAAGUCUAUCGGUAUACCAUCAACUUCCUUCAUUUCACAUUCACUGCAUUAACGGCUGCAUGGCAACGAGCAAAUGAAAAAGAGAAUCUUCCAACGCUUCUGCAUGUGACUCAAAAUAUGGCUCGUUUGCGACGACGUUCAACAGGAAGUAGUCAAUUGAUCUGCCUUGCAUAA